UAGGAAACAGAUACAUGUCUUGAUGAAAAACUUAUUAGCAUGUAGCUCAAAGAAAACACUCUAUGAAGGUCUAAGAGAUUGAUUUAGAGGAAUCUAUACAUUGUUUCAUAUUAAGACGUUUAGAUGUGAAUCAUUACCGAAACUCGGUUAUUAUUUCGCUGCUGUGCACGGUUAUGAAUAUUGAAUGUUGAAAUUCUACAUAAUGUUUUCUGUUAAUAAUGAUAUAUAAGAAAGUCUAAGCCUGUUAGACAUAAUCCAAUGGGAUUCUUACUUCUGACUAAUUAAAAGUUGUGAUCUGCUGACAUGGGCUGAACAGGAUCACCAAGCCCGGAGCUGAAGAAGAUUAUUGUUUAGUAGAAAUGUUGAUGGUUAAAGAAAACGAGACAGUCGUGAACAAAGAGACUAUAGUCUCCUUGGUCGUGAAUUAUGAUCACCGUGAAGCUCGAACAUAGUCGAGACCACAGGGGUCAUGUGAGCGACUAGAUCGCCGCGGCCCUAAACAACAACAAAACGUGGGCUCACUGCUAAUAACAUGCUUGCUAAGAACCGUGGUGUUGGAAUGUUGCUUGCCAGCAUAGGAAGCAGAGCACCAAAUGAAACUAAAGGGAAGGAUGGAAAUUCCUCUGCAGAAGUUAAUAUACAAAAAACAACCAAGAGAAACUACCAAGAUGAUGGUGCAUCUGGCUCCAGAUAUGUGUCCAGUUGGGCAUCCAUGAAACAGUACGACGACGAUCACGACAAACAGUGGUUUAAAGAUCAAAAUGCUGAACUAGCUGAAUUGUAUGGUGGUGAUUUCAUUUAUACUAAGUACCUGGACUCUCAGCCUGGCAAAAUUGGGUACUACUGUGAGAUUUGCUUUGCAGAAAUGACUGCAAAGAGCUCUCUGGAACUUCACUGCCUUGGAAUGAAGCAUCUGAAGAAAAAGGCCAUGUGGGAGAAAAUGAAAGGGAAGGAUGGAAAUUCCUCUGCAGAAGUUAAUAUACAAAAAACAACCAAGAGAAACUACCAAGAUGAUGGUGCAUCUGGCUCCAGAUAUGUGUCCAGUUGGGCAUCCAUGAAACAGUACGACGACGAUCACGACAGACAGUGGUUUGAAGAUCAAAACGCUGAACUAGCUGAAUUGUAUGGUGGUGAUUUCAUUUAUACUAAGUACCUGGACUCUCAGCCUGGCAAAAUUGGGUACUACUGUGAGCUUUGCUUUGCAGAAAAUAAUGCAAGGAGCUCUCUGGAACUUCACUGCCUUGGAAUGAAGCAUCUGAAGAAAAAGGCCAUGUGGGAGAAAAUGAAAGUACGUGAUGAGGAUGGAAUUAAGCCUGAAAGAGGCCCCCCCAAACCCCCUCACAAAGUAGCCCGCCAAGGCCCGUCCUCUCAUCCACCCCGUCACCAGCCCUCACCUCAUGGCAGGCAUAACAGAGGACCGUCACCAGUGGAACCCAGCCCCCGCAUGAGGGGAUCAUCCUACCGGGAACCACCACCUCCAGAGUUCAGGAACAAUAAUGAUCACUAUGGAAGAAGAGAUGGCUAUGACCGAGAUCCAGAUAAUUACUAUAAUGAUUACUACAGGAAAGAGCCAAUGCCUUACAGACCUCCUUAUGAUGAAGUUUCAGAAUUUCCCUAUGAGAGGAGAAGCCCACAUGGACCAAGGGACUUCAGGCAUUCUCCUGGUCCAGAUAGGAGAGACAUUAGGGACCAGUAUUCUCGUGAGCGUUACAGUCCUUACAACCCCCGUGAGGCCCCACCACCUCCAGUAAUCAGUGGCCCAGAUAGACUGGGACCAGGAAACCAUUCACAGUUUGAUACUUCACCAGCACUCUUUGCUGGGAUCUCUGAUGGCUCCUGCAGUGAAAUUCUGAAGAGACUGGCUGUUUGCAGAGUUAAAAAUGUCGAAGACACUGCCCUUGCUACAAAUGUUGCCACUUUCCUUCUGUCAUCAUUGACAGAGUACUACAGCAGGACUGGCCCAUCCAGUGUUGUGCAAGUAUUAGAAGAGAUGAAUGCCAAAAUGAACAUAAUGAAGGACUUGCUCAAGCUCACCUCUCGUCGCUAAUAAAAUUCAAGAGGCUCCUUUCUUCACUGAACACACGUACUGCUUGACUAAGGAGUUACACUCAUUGAGAAUGAGGCCAGGAACAUAGUGGAGAUCAAGCAACAUGACGCAACACAAGUGACAGUGUAAAUUAGCCUGACCAUCUACAAUGGAGCGACGUGACUGUUUACGAUAACUUGCAGUCAGAAACAACCAAAAGUAAAUGUUGAUGCCUGAUAUUCUGAGGUGAUUGACAAGACCACACGAGCUUACUUUACUGCUGAUUGAUGUAGGGCAAUGUGAGUGGCAUGAUGUGCAUCUAAGGUGUUGGUAUUGCAUAGUUUCAAGUUUUAGGACAACUGGUUUUGUGAAGAGUGUAAAAUAUGUAGGAUGAGCACCAGCUUUAGUCAACAACUUUUAGGACACAUUAAAAAAAUACAAUGCACAUGUAUUGGACUUAGCGCUGUGCAUUUUGCUAUAUUUUCUCUUUCUUUCUCUCUGACACCCGUUUCUCUUGCCCCUUUUAUAAAAUGUGGGGAAAGGGAAGGGAAGAGAAGCAAGCAAGGAAACUACAUCACCAGGUGGAAUAGGGCAAUGGGGGAGUGUGAAUCCAUUGAGGCAUAAGGGAGGGAGGAAGGAAAAACUGAGAAAAAGAUGAGCACCAGGAGAAGUGUCAACCAUACACCCAUGAACACACAGUUCUUGCUUGGUGAGUUUGCUCUUUGCAAUGCAAUAUAUUGACUAUAUUCUUGCAAAUUAGAAAAACUACCUGCACUGUGCACUGAAGAAAGUUGUCUUUGAAAUGCAUUCAAGCCCUUAAUCAUGAUAAAGAAGUGUUUGUAUAAUUGUCCCAUCUAGGGGAAGACAUUCACAAAAAUUAUCUCACAUUGUGAGGCAAUAAAUCCUAAAUAAAGUGUCCAUCCCUAGCUUUAACAGGAUUGACUUACUACAAAGGUGUAACUUAGAUCUAUACAUAAAUAUCAUCAGGAAAAUUAUGCCACACUAGAUCAUUAUGCAAAAGUUGGCCUGAUGGCUGGGUUACUUUGGCAACAUAAAUAUAUUUGACUUGGAACUGAUAACUUUAAUUCAUUUUUAUCUUGCAUUACUGACAGGUAUGCAGAUGAACAGUUGGCUUAAUUUCCCUUAUACCAUUUAUAAAUUUGCUUUUAUUCUACUGUGCACAAAUGGCAAUUUUAGUUUCAUUGCUCCUGAUCAUGAUGACUGCACUUACAUACUAUUAACAUCUAUCAGUGGUUAGUAAUUUCAGUAAUUUCUGUAACCAGCAGUGUGUAGGAUUACAAUAUAUUAGUGUUUCGUGCCGGCAAUCACGCUCGUUAAGUUGUAAGAUUGAACAGGCAAUAGCACAGGUAUUCAGGAAUGUGUUGGGGCCGCUGUGUGGACGUAUCAUAACCUCAGCACAAUAAAUCAAUCUUGGCAGUCAA